AUGUGCUCACGACCUUGUGGAUCUUCGAAUUUGUGGGGAGUUUGUGGACCUUGUGGUCCAUGUGGACCCUGUGACCCUUGUGGACCAUGUGAACCCUGCGAUCCAUGUUGUCCAUUUAUAAUUUGCGGACCAAACGAACGUUCGAAUCCAUGUGGCCCAUCAAAAUGCUUCUCCCAAACAAAUUACAAUCGACCUCGAUGCGGAUUACCCAAUUUUCCAUUAUGUGAAGUCCCAGUUCCACUACCAGCUGGAGCUGACAACUGCUUUGUUAGCCCACCACUAAUGGAAGGUGGUAUACCUGAUCCAAGAGUAUGGAAUAAUUGCUAUCCACCUUCCUGCUAUCCAUGCUAUUUGUAA